AUGGGAAAUUUGCCAUCAGGCGGAGGUGACCAACAAGGUAAUGAAAACCGCAAAGAAGAGUACAAAAAGCGGCGCCAAGAACAGCGUAUCCCAGCUCGCGUUGGGAAAAAGAAAAAGGUCCGGGGUACUGAAGGCGCCUCCAAGCUUCCUACAGUCACCCCCUCCCUAAAAUGCCGUCUCAAGCAGCUCAGACUUGAAAGAAUCAAAGACUAUCUGAUCCUCGAGCAAGAAUUUAUCAAAAACCAAGAAAUCCUCCGCCCGCAAGCUGAAAAAAAGGAAGAAGAGCGUGCUAAGGUUGACGAAUUGCGAGGAUCUCCUUUAUCAGUCGGCUCUCUUGAAGAAUUCAUAGACGAAAAUCACGCUAUUGUAUCUACCUCAGUUGGGCCUGAAUAUUAUGUAUCUGUAUUGUCCAUUGUUGAUAAGGACCAAUUGGAGCCUGGCUCAAGCGUCCUUCUACAUCAUAAGUCUCAUAGUGUGGUAGGCAUUUUACAAGAUGAGGUAGACCCACUUGUGAGCGUGAUGAAGGUAGAAAAGGCACCUUUGGAAAGCUAUGCAGACAUAGGAGGUCUUGAAGCACAAAUACAGGAAAUUAAGGAAGCUGUAGAGCUGCCUUUGACCCAUCCUGAGCUGUAUGAAGAUAUAGGGAUCAAGCCACCUAAAGGAGUCAUUUUAUAUGGAGAGCCAGGGACUGGGAAGACUUUGCUUGCCAAAGCAGUGGCUAAUGAGACUUCUGCGACCUUUUUAAGGGUCACUGGGUCUGAACUUAUACAAAAGUACCUAGGAGAAGGGCCAAAGCUUGUAAGAGAACUAUUCAGAGUCGCAGAAGAGCACGCCCCUUCUAUAGUAUUUAUUGAUGAAAUUGACGCAGUUGGGACUAAAAGAUAUGACAGUAAUUCUGGCGGAGAAAGAGAAAUCCAGAGGACCAUGCUUGAGCUGCUUAACCAAUUAGACGGAUUUGACUCUAAAACAGACGUAAAAGUCAUUUUGGCGACAAAUAGGAUUGAGACACUAGACCCAGCUUUAAUUAGGCCUGGAAGAAUUGACAGAAAAAUUGAAUUUACCAUGCCUGACAUUAAAACUAAAAGAAAAAUAUUCCAAGUCCAUACCACGAAGAUGUCACUUGCCACUGAUGUAGACUUGGAAGCGUUUAUUAUGGCUAAAGAUGAGCUGAGUGGGGCUGACAUUAAGGCAAUUUGCACAGAAGCAGGGAUGCUGGCUCUUAGAGAGCGCAGAAUGCAGGUAUGCCAAGAAGAUUUCCUGAAGAGUAAAGAAAAAGUGCUGUAUAAGAAAAAAGGGAAUAUUCCAGAAGGGCUUUACAUUUAA